AUGAAGCUCCGACUCUUGACCGCGAGGGACUCCAGCUCCAACGUUGCCCCUACGGUAGACAUCGUGAUGCCAAACUCUGAGAAUAAUAAUAUCGUCACACGCAGUGUCGCCGAUGAAAAGCCAGCUAUGAACCAAGAGACCACCGUCGCAAAAUCAGAAGCCAACAAUGAGCCAACGGCUACCGAGGCAGAGCAGACUAAACCUGCGACAAUAGAACAGCCCGUGGUUACGGAAGAACCCAAGACGUCAAAACAACCCGCCGCAACGACAGAACAACCCAUUACCACCGCAGCCCCUUCACAGACUACCAACCAACAAUCCAUCAUUUCUGUUCCCACAACCCAGCUGUACACCACUCAAAGCAUCGUGGCAGUGAUACCAACCUACAUCUACACUGAUCCCGAGGCCCCAUGCUUCCUAAUGUCCGGCCAUGCAACUAGGUACACUACUCCUGACUGGUACACCGCGCUUCCCAUCUCCGUGCAAGACUCUUACUCUGCCGACGCAGCCUCGGCGACUGACUUUUGUACCACAACGCCUAAACCUAUUCCCCAAGCACCCAAGGGCCUGCCAUCCUGGCUCGUCGGAGCCGCGGUAGGCGGUGCCGCUGGCGGAACCCUGCUGAUCUCUGUCAUCGUCCUAUUGAUCAAGCAUCGAUGCCAAAGUCGUGGCGACAAGCGCAAUGGCCUAUCAGGCGAGGGUAUAGGAUUGAUGCCCGUAGGAGAGAGAGGAGACAGCCAGAAUCACGCUUCAAAGCCGGAUGUAG